GGCGUGGGCCGAGCGCGCUUUACCACCUACGAGGUCCGGAUGCGGACAAACCUACCAAUCUUCAAGCUGAAGGAGUCAUGUGUACGGAGGCGCUACAGUGACUUUGAGUGGCUAAAGAAUGAACUGGAGAGAGACAGUAAGAUUGUAGUGCCGCCACUGCCUGGGAAAGCCUUGAAGCGGCAGCUCCCCUUCCGAGGAGACGAAGGUAUCUUUGAGGAGUCCUUCAUCGAGGAAAGGAGGCAGGGCCUGGAACAGUUUAUUAACAAAAUUGCCGGGCACCCAUUGGCUCAGAAUGAGCGCUGCCUACACAUGUUCCUACAGGAGGAGACAAUCGACAGGAACUACGUCCCUGGGAAGUGGCUGUCGUCCCCUGGCCUGACUGUCUGUCUGCCAUCGCUCUCCCUGACACUUGGCCACACUGUGGGCACUCUUCUAAGAUCCUCCUCUCUGAAGAGAGGCAGGAAGCUUCGGGCAGAGGGCCUGGGCUUUUAGGGGGAGGGGGUCAGGAACUGGACUAAAAGGCACUUGCUUGGGCUUCUUCUCGGGCAAUAAGGCUAGCCUGGGGGUUCCAGUGUCUCUGGCACUCGGCCAAACAGGUCAUCGAUGCUGUGAGUCUAAGGGCAGUCCCCACUCUGAAGUUUAACCUGGAACUCUGAGCAGGGAGCAACCCUGUCCCUUCUACCUGCAUGGAACCUUCCUUUUGUCCUGUCAUGGGAUGGUAGACUCCUCCCAUGGACUCUCCCACUUCUCUCAACAUUUUCUUGAUUCCCUUCCUCCCUCUUAUGUUUCUGUCUGGGGCGUUCAGUGUCCCAAAGGCCCAGCAUCCAGGUUUGGGAAUUUGCUGGGCCCCAUCAUACACAGCUGCCUCAGAGUCACAAGAAACUUCUGGGGCAGCAGAGGGGCUCCCAUUAGCUUUAUACCACUUUCAAGGCCCCUAGCUAUUUCCCAUGGUUGGCUCACUUGCCACUGACCAUCCUUAAGAUGAGUGGCAGGGUGGGCCAGCAGCUCUUCCUGAAAUCUUCUUAUAAGGAUAGGCUGCCUUGCAAAAUCAGUGGAUUGGAAGCAACCUGCUACUGGGUGAUGGUGCAGAAUGAGAAUGAUUUCUUGUCUAGGAACUGCCCAGUGGCCAGAAAGGACUCCCUCCUGUUCUCUUUGCUUCCUCCUGGAAAUCUCAUGCCACUUUUUGUUCCCAAAGGCCAGGGCUACUUGAGCAGCCCGACGAUAUAGUCUGACUUCUGUUGAGCUGCUUGAGUGGGGCUGAAGGUGAAGAGUUGUCACUGCCUCCCCCACUCGGGUCCUAGGAUUGAGGUUUCUGUACUUGACUCUCCAUGGACCGCCAGGGGUUCCUGUGGAUACUGGGCAAAGGUUUCCCUAGGUUUUUUAGCGCAAAGCAGGUUCUUAGGGGUAGGAGCUAUCCUGGGCUUUGGACUGAAAGGUGACCCCUUCUCCGGCCAGGGCAAAAGAGUAGGAGGGCCUUCCCUCUGCCUCUUCAACAUAUCCAGGCUCCUCCUCAUGGCAAGCUGUUGGGAGAAGGGAGUGAGAAUCCUGAUGUCUGGGAGGGGGGCUCGGGUGCUAACCACGGUUUUUGGCUUGUCCGGAGUCUAAAGUGCCCUAAGGAAAGAGGGCAGCAGCUCUGGCUGUUGAGGUUGUACCCAGGAGCAGCUCCCAGAGAGAGGUUCUGUUCCCUUUGCCACCUUGCUAAUGUUGUUGUUGUUGUUGUUGAUGAAAUACCUGCUUCCUUUUUGAUCUGGAUCUUCUGUUCUGUGUUUUUAAGACCUUCCUUCAGCAUGCCCAAGUGCUGAGAGCCUGCCACCCUGUCUCUGCUGUGUAUAUAUCCUAACUUGGGGCUUUCAUUCAGCAAAACUGUUCGAUCUUCUGCCAGGCACUGUCAGAUCCAACUUCUGUUCAUAUUAAACCACUGGGAAGCAA